CAUGAGAUAUAAACACAGGCUGACACUGAAAUAAGCUGCUACCACAUUAUAUUUAAGUAAUGAGUCAGAGCACUUCAGACUUUAAUUAGCCAAGAACAGAGGUGUGAGGUCCAGAGGUCGGAAAGUCCUGCCAUGUGUUUCUUCCACCCAGGAGCUCAGCCAGCUGAAUUAGUUAUACCUCCUGGCUGAAGUGCUUAUUGGUAUAUGUAACUUACUUUUUAUAACUGACGGUUAUAAAUUGCAUUUAAAUAUAUAAAUAUAAAGUACAAUAGGCUAACGUAGAUUUAACGUUACAUUAGGCAACACAUCAGAAAUCGUGUAACUCACCCGCAAUCCUGCCCGGUUUCUUCCUAAAUUCCUCUUCUGUAUAUUUUUCUUUCAGCAUUUCUUUGGGCUCGUCUGAUUUCCGGAACAGCUGUUAGGCCGUCCCUAUUGACUUGCAGAGCAAAAUUAAAACACUUGCUUUGCUUGGUCUAAACCCUUUUAAAGUUGCAUUGCCAUCAGGAAUAGCAGCAUUUGAAACAUUAAUUGGACUACCUAGUGGCUAACUGGAUUGUUGCGUCGUUAAAUGAAAAUGUACCGUCUUAUCUGUAACGUUUUUACCUAGUUUUACCUGAUAACUACUUGAAAAUUCUCAGUUUAGUAGAAACCUAGCUGACCUUCCGGUGGUAUUAAACAACUAUAAUAGUGUAAUUCAGCAACUGUUUUGUUGGUAAGCGUUGCCUAGUAACCAAGAAACCCCUGGGCUUUUUGUAUGCGUGUCCUCACUUCAAAAAUAAAACCCCUAUUGGCCUACCAGCACACGAUGCACCACACUGGUAUUGGACAUAUCCAAUAACAACCUGCAGUUUCUGUGGGAUCUAACCAAUGACAGGGCCAUGAACACAUUAUCAAACAUUGUCAUUGGUUUGUUUCAGUAAUUUAAGAAACGCCCAGGUAGCUAGAACCCCGGAUGUGAAACAGUUCGAGUUGAAAGGGGUGUUCAACAGCGAAUAUUUCAUCAAACCUCAGCGAUGUCUGAUAAAGAAGAUAUAAUUUCAGUGGAUUAUGAAAUAUUUGGGAGAGUGCAGGGUGUCUUUUUUCGAAAAUACACUCAGGCAGAGGGGAAGAAAUUAGGGUUGGUUGGCUGGGUGCAGAACACUAAGACUGGGACGGUGCAGGGGCAAGUCCAAGGUCCAAGCUCCAAGGUCAAAUGGAUGCAGGAGUGGCUCAAAACUACGGGCAGUCCACAGUCACAAAUCAUCAAAGCAGAGUUCAAAAAUGAGAGGAAAAUCGAGGGCUUGGAUCAUAAAAACUUUAAAGUUAUUCGCCCUUGAAUUCAACAUGAUAUAAGCUUUCAUUGUCCUUGUUUGAAUGUUUUGCUGUGUAACUAUUACAGUACAUGCCGGUGAAAGCAGGUCAUAUGUGGUCAGUGGCCAAUAUAGUUAUUUAUAGCUCUCUAUAUUAUAGUUGUAAUGAACUGUAGUACAUUUUCUUUAUUUAUUAUCAUAUUUUUUAUUUUUUAUUUUAUGUUAAUAGAUUCUGGCAAAUAAAAAAUGAAAUAUCCCAUAUUGGAA